AUGAGUUCCAAUAACGGUAAGGAGGUUAGCGUUGAGGAUAGUCCAGAGUCAAAGUUUUUAGUUGAGGAAAAUGUGGAUCUCACAAAGUCAUGUCUUUGGUCAAUUUUGGAACGUUAUUAUGAGACGGUAUCCAUAGAUGCAUGGCGAAAAAAUCAAGUUCCAAGUUUUAUAACUUCAAAUACUCGCCUUGCUUGUGGAUAUGCAAGGCUAAUACACAAUUUUAUAAUGGAUCAGAAUCCAACUGGAACUUUAUCAAGAAAAGUGUACAUAGUUGAGAUUGGUGGUGGCCAUGGGAGAUUCACAUUUUUUCUUUUAAGAGCCUUGGAAAGAUAUUCAACUGUUUGGAAAGACCUUGGCUAUUAUGAUGUGCCUUUUAAAUAUAUAUUUACUGACGCAAGUGAUGCAAGCUUUUCGUUUUUAACAAGAGAAUCCAGCGCAUUAAUUCCAUAUAUACAAAAAGGUUGGUUAGAAUUUGCAUGUUUUAAUGGCAAUAGCUCUGAACCAAGUGAUAUUAAAUUUGGAUUAAGUAAACAAGAAACUAUUCCAUCAGAGUCAAGCAUAGUAUUGGUAUGCAAUUAUGUCUUAGAUUCGCUUUUGACGGAUGCAAUUGCUAUAAGCAAGGACAAGGUAAUUUCCAAAGCUACUGUUUCAGUGUAUUCUUCACAGGUUGAAGAAGAUUUAACACACCCGAGUAUUGCUGAUAGGAUGACUCUCUCAUGGUCUUGGAAAGAAAUAUUAGAUGAGGAUUUUUCACUCAAUUCAAUACAUUCAGAAAACAGAAUAUCUAAUACAUUUGACAAAGUUGAAAAAAUUCAAGAAACAGAAUACUUAACAGUAAAAGAAAAACUACUUAUCAAAUAUUUUCAAUUUGAUUAUUCUCUUUAUAAUGUGGUAAAAUCAUAUCUUGACCUUGACAGAGAAAUGUCUUUUGUGCUUCCUCUUGGAGCCAUAAAGAUGUUGAGACGUUUUUAUCAACAUUCUGCUGGGAAUAUUUGUGUUUUAAUAGGAGAUAAAGGGUAUCCUGAUGACACUGAAUUUAUUUCUAUCAAGCCUCCUCAUAUUGCUGUACAUGGAUGCAUGAGUUUUAUGGUGAAUUUGGAUGCAAUCAAAAAGUAUUUCUGCGACUUAGGUGGAAGUUAUCUUGCUACUAGAUAUAAAGAUACAUUUCAGAUUACUUGUAUUCUUGGAGGAAAAAAAUCUUUGUUUCCUAGAGUGGUUGCUUCGUUUAUUGAUAGCCAGGAAGAUCUGGCCCCAGAUAAUUUAUUAAAUAUUCAAAGAGGUUUUGAACAACUCAGUUCAAAUCCAAGUUCCCUUUCACAUGGUUUAAAACCAUAUUUAGGAGUUUUGAGAUAUAGUCUACACGAUCCAUUUAUUCUAUGGGUAUUACGUAAUGGAAUUCUUGCUAAUAUUGGGGAUCUUAAUAUUAGGCAAAGAGAGGAUAUUAUUCUUGAUUUACGUAGUGUAUAUCAAAAUAUUUAUCCAUUGGAAAUAAAUAUCGAUGUAUUUGAUCUUUUAGCACAAAUAUGCUUAAAGGGUGGGUUUGUAAAUGAUGCAAUCUUUUAUUAUAAUGAAAGCUUGCGUUGUUGUCCAGAAAUGAUACAUCCAUCAACUUAUGUAAACCUUGCAAAGUGUUAUCAAUCACAGAGGAAUUGGAAGAAGGCCUUCCAUUUUUGUAAUGAAGCAUUAAAAUUAGACCCUAAUUAUCCACCUGCGCUUGAAUUUAAUUCAGAAUAUCUCAAUUCAUCAAAAAGACUUAAUUACAUUAUUGUUGGUUGUUAUAGCUCAUGGAUAUUCACUGAUGUAAUUCCGACUAUCCAAUUUGAUGCAAUGUAUAAUUGUAUCGGUGUAAUACCGAGCAAAUCAACAAUAGAGAAUGCUAAAAAGGCAUUUGAUCAUCUGCAAGCCAUUUUUUCUUGCAAUCAAGAAAACGAGGUUUUUUCUAGUUCACCACCAAAGUUUUUUCUUGAAGAAAUUGCAGAGAAUUCUUCUCUCGCAGAUGCAAUUGCAGAUGUAUUUUAUGGCAACCCACAGAUUGAGGCAGUAGUUCUCGAUGUACCUCCUGACCUUCUUAAGCCUUGUAUGAGUGUUAUUUGGGAAUUUAACAAGCAUGUAAUGACUAGAUCCCCAACCGCAAGAGAUGUUGCAAGCGCUUCUGAAAUUCUUUCCACUAAGCCUCCUAGAUCACUUUGGUUUGAUUAUGCACCAUUCAAAUUUGAGACAGCAUUGUUACAAGUAUUUAAUAUAAUUAAACAGCAUGGCAGGCUUUAUGCAAUUAAUUGUAAAUAUGAUAUUCCUUCAGAAACUCCAAUUAAGUCAGAUGGAUACAAGAAUGACGAAUUGAUAGCGAGACUAAUUCACUCACUUUCCGCUAUUUAUAUUGCAAUUGAUGGCACUUUAGAUUGGGUUUUUUGCCCAUCUACUGACAAUGAUCAUGAUAAAAAAACAUUAUUUUGUGGAUGGAGUUCUCCAUUAUGGUCACAAGCUGAUCCAGGGAAAAAAAAUAGAACCCUUUCCGAAAAAAAUCCAAUGAAACCCUCAUCAAAAAAAAGUGAUGAAAUUCAUUGUACUAUUUCAACAGAAUUCGUAACAUGGGAUAAAACAUUCAUACAAUUUGAUUUUCAUUGUGAUAACUCUACAUUAAGUCUUAGAAAAGAAGGUCCGAUUUGGAUCCUUUUAAUUAGAACCUCUAAAGGAAGAUAUGAAUCUAAAAUUCAAUGUGUUGGAUUGCAGACAGCCAAUGAAAGAUUCAGAAAGUUGUGUAAAGACUAUAACCCUGAGCAUUACAAUAUUAAAGAUUCAAUUGGUUUCUCUGCAUGGUGGGAUGCCAUAAUAAAAUCUAAGCAGAGCCCAAUAUAUUUUUCCUAUCAGUAA